AACAAUUCGCUCCAAAGACCCGACUAACUUUGUCAAAUUGUAGGAGCAAAAGAUCACUAAUACGCGGAAACGACACCGUUCCUUCGUAACCUCUAAACUGGAGGAAAGCCUUGGACCCUCAGACAAAACUGGGAGCAGUCGAAUUUACGGCCGCCGAUUUCUCCUCAAACCACCGUUCUUCGGUUCAUAUACACUGACGAAUUACGAAGAACGCAACGUUCGCUGCAAACCCAUCUUCGGAAUCGAAUUCUCCAGAAUGGUAUAUAUCGCAUCUUGGGACGAUUUUGUGGAAAAAUCAGUUCAAUUGUUUCGUGCUGAUCCCGAGAAAACUCGUUAUGUGAUGAAAUAUCGGCAUUGCGAUGGCAAAUUGGUCCUGAAAGUGACUGAUGAUAAGGAGUGUAUCAAGUUUAAGACAGACCAAGCACAAGAUGCUAAAAAGAUGGAGAAGCUCAAUAAUGUAUUCUUUACUCUGAUGGCCCGUGGACCAGAAGCUGAUAUAUCUGAAGUUGGUGGAAAAGAGCAAGCAGAGGCACAGCCAGCCAAGAAAGGAAGGGGAAGGAAACAAUAGUGACUUUCAAUAUCUUGACUAGCUUUGGAACAAAAUCACAGCAGUCGUGAAAUGAUUUAUCAAAAAAUUGGUUUCUAGUUCCGGUUCAUUUUGGUUGCAGAAGAAUUUUGACUCUCUAUUAUUACUUCUUUUUUUUUUUUUUCUCUAAUGAACUCCGCUGCGAACUCCUUGAUGCUAACUUAUUCCAAUUGGCAUGGUAAGGUGGGCUAUGAUAUUUCAGUUUUCCCUGGC